AUGUAUAGAUAUUAUGUUAGAUAAAGUUAAACCAUUGGCAGAUAAUGUUUUAGCUGAAAUUAUGCUACAACAUUAUUCUAAAUGUUUUAAUAAAAGAAUAGCUACUCAAUACCUGUCAAAA